AUGACACAUACACCGAUAGCUACAUCUCCACAAUUGGCGUUGAUUUUGUAUAAAAUUAGAACAAUCGAGCUUGAUGGCAAAAUCAUCAAACUGCAGAUCUGGGAUACUGCGGGGCAAGAGCGUUUCAGGACCAUCACCUCCAGCUACUAUCGAGGUGCACAUGGCAUCAUCGUGGUUUACGACGUCACAGACAGGGAUACCUUUAUGCAUGUUCAGGACUGGCUGGAGGAGGUCGAAAAGUUUGCUUCCGAGGGCGUUAACAAGCUCCUUGUCGGCAACAAAUCCGAUCUGGCUUCAAAGCGCGCCGUAGUCUAUUCCGAAGCAGAGGCAAAAUCCAGAGAGCUCGGAAUCCCAUUUCUCGAAACAUCUGCAAAAAACUCGACAAAUGUAGAGAGUGCCUUUCUAACUAUGGCCACAAAAAUUAAAGACAGAAUCGGACCUGCUCUUCAGUCGGGACACCAUUCUGGCCGAAAUGUGAAUAUCUCUGCCGGCUCCAAGGUCGAGCUGUCCGGUGGAUGCUGCUGA